GGGUGGCGCCGCGGCCGGGGGAUGUGGCGAGCGUGACGUGAUUUUGUCCGCGUUGGAGCCGGGGCGGCCGUGGCGAGCGUGACGUGGCAGAGAGCGAGCGAGCGAGGCUCCCGGGCACACAGCACCAGCUGCGCCGCCGUUGCCGCCGCCCGCGCCCGAUCGGUCGGUGCCGCCGGGCCAAGCCCGCACCUCGGCACCGGCCUCCUCGCCGCGGAGGGAUCCGUGAGCGCCGCCGGCAGCCGGGCCGCGCUCCCCCUCCCGCCCGCCUCGCCGCGCUCCUCCCGCCGCCUGCGCCGCCGCCCAGCCCCGCGCCGGAGCCGCCAUGGGCCUCACCAUCUCCUCGCUCUUCUCGCGCCUCUUCGGCAAGAAGCAGAUGCGCAUCCUCAUGGUUGGUUUGGAUGCUGCUGGCAAGACAACUAUUCUUUAUAAACUGAAACUAGGAGAAAUUGUCACCACAAUUCCCACUAUUGGUUUUAAUGUGGAAACGGUAGAAUAUAAAAACAUUUGUUUCACAGUUUGGGAUGUUGGUGGUCAAGAUAAAAUUAGACCUCUUUGGAGGCAUUAUUUCCAAAACACACAGGGCCUCAUUUUUGUGGUAGACAGCAAUGACAGAGAGAGAAUCCAGGAAGCCGCAGAAGAACUGCAGAAAAUGCUUCAGGAGGAUGAACUGCGAGACGCAGUGCUGCUUCUGUUUGCAAAUAAACAAGAUCUGCCAAAUGCCAUGGCAAUCAGUGAAAUGACAGAUAAACUAGGUCUUCAGUCUCUGCGUAACAGAACUUGGUAUGUCCAGGCUACCUGUGCUACGCAAGGAACUGGUCUGUAUGAGGGACUUGACUGGCUGUCAAAUGAACUCUCAAAACGCUAACUCAAACUGGAUGACUCUUUCACCAGGGACAUGUUUGAUAUAAGUGGUCUAGGCUUGUUACAACAAAAUUAGUUUGCAUCUUGGUUAUUACAGUAUCUGGAACUGAUAUUUGGGCAGGAUAUUACAGCGUUUCAACUUAUUUUGUUGCCAAUUAUUGUUUACCAAGCUACAUGUUGCGAAGGUAGCAAUAUACUUGGGUAAAAAUCUCCUUAACUUGGAAAAAGUGUAUCUUCUGAUUUUAUUCCCCUUGUUAGCCUAAAUGCCUGAAUAUAGUUAUUGUGACAUCUUUAAGAUCUGUUUUGAAUAUUCUUUUGAGCCCAAAUAAAUUAAUGUUUUAAAUUUUUUUCUCCCUGCUACUUUUAGUUUACUGAUGCCCUGUUUCAUUCCUCAGACAGUCUGCUGAUUUAAAAACGUAGCAUUCCAUAUCUAUUUAUUUCUUUCCCUUGCCAAAAGGAAUUCCUAAUAUUGCUUGUUCCAGCCAAGGAAAUGCUCUAAAACACUAUACAGAUCUGCUGCACUGAGGAACAUUUUAUUAAUCCUUGGGUUCUGUCGGCCCAACUUGCCUUUGUGUGAAUUGGAUUUGAUGGGUAGAAUAGUUCUGUGCUGGUUGCGAAGAGCUCAUGUUGAGGUUGUUUUUAAUAUUCAGCAGAUUGUCUUUCUUUAUAUUGUAUCUUUUUUUUUUAUGUUGCAUGUUGCUUUUUGGUAUCAGCCUGACUAUUUUUGCCCAGUGUAUAAUAGUUCUGCUGAAGUUCUACUGUUUGUUGGUGAACAUAUCUUCAUAAAGAAAUUUUGGAAAAUUCAUCAAACUCAAUGGAUUAGUUUCUUCAUAACCCACUUGGAAUUAUUCCUAAUAAAAUGAUAAAAUGUA